UGAGGGAGUGGCAUCCUGAUGCCCACAGGGUCCUGCCCCUGCAGUAGUACUGGUCUCCAGGCCCCCCGUGUGCCAUGGCCCAGGAAUGGCUAACCAAUGCCUAAUCCAUUCUGAGGCCUUGGGACCAGAAGGCUUCUUUACUCUCCAACAUUUGUUCCUUUUUCAUUUAGGAGAGUUGGUCAGGCACCAGCAAAGGGUUUGAGUUUUAAGUCAGAAAUUAAAUUAGAAAUUAGAAAUUAGAAGGGAAGGUAGAACCAGUGGCUUUUUCUCCAUAGGCAAUGACUUGAGAGCAGCUGAAGUUUUCCUUCUUGUCCCCUGGGGGACCAUCUUUACCAAGAUGGCACAGAGCCUGUAGAAUAAAUCAAGUGAGUCAUGCAGGAGGGCACGAAGUAGAAGGAGGCAUUGCCCAGGGUCAUGCAGGCCCAGCGCCAGCACAUGAGAAUGGAACUCCCAUGUAUUUGUGCCCCAGCUGCCUAACCUGCCCCUCCUGAUUACCCCGGCCCUGGGGAGGGCACUGUGGUUUAAGGGAAACAGUAGGAAAGCUCUUUCCUUAAUUAUCUCUUCUCAUAUUACCAGCUGGAGAUUAAUUGAAUGUGCUUUAGUUUAAUCUGCUAUUUCCUUUCCCCCUUUAUAUUUAGUUGACUUCAGCCACCUUAAGGAAUAGGAGGAGGAUGUGGUGAGGAGGGAAAGGAAUGCUUCUGGGCUGAACGAUUCUAUUGUUGGUGAUAGGAGAGGGCGGGGAAUGAUUGAUUCUGGGCCUUUGCACAACCGAGAGACAACGUGAGAGACUUCUGUAUACCUAAGAUGCAGGCAAGGGGGAACUAGGGGAUAGAAAGGAGAUAAAAGAGGGUCAAUCCUGGUCACAAAGACCAGAAAAAAAAAAAAAAACAGCUCCUCUCCACCUAAGUACCCUUGUCGUUUUUAAGUGUUGUAAGGGCCCUCAUACCAUUCUGUCUUUCCUUCCUUGGAAUCCAAAAGUGAUAGAUAUCACUCACCUUGUUAAUUAAUCCCAGGGUUCUGCCCAGUGCAGAUCUAAAAGCAGUCUCCUGAGGCCGUCUGAGGAAUGGUCCAUCUUUGUACGUUAGAAACCACAGGAACCCUUACAGGAAUGUCUACAGCAUCUGGAAAAUAAUUCUCAAGGCGUAAGUUUAUAUUGUAGUUUCUUUGGGAUGAGGCCUGCUGCUAUUUUGGUUUGUGUUAGCCCCAGUUCUGCCUAAGAACUGAGUCAGUCAUGUGUCCAUGGAAAGAAAUCCCCAUUGAAAAUAGUAGGUACUGACUGUAGCCAGGAUUGCAUAAUCGGUCCUCUAAGAAUUUCCUCAGAACCUUUCCAAAAAGAUUAGCCAGAUGCUUCCCAGAAGAACUUUCCUCUUCCUGAUGAGCAAUAUUAUUUUUGAGAGUGGUAGAUGACUCUUCUAAGCCUUGCUUCCUCCCUGCCUCCAGUCCCGAAAACACCUGAGUCAAGUAACUAUGAUAACUUGACAUAAUUAAUUAAUUGAGUGCUGUGGUUUGAAUGUUUGUGUAUCUCCCCCAUUCCCCCCGAAUUCGUAUGUUGAAACCUAAUCACUGUUAGGAGUUGUGACCUUUGGGAGGUGAUUAGGUCAUGGGGAGUCAUGAAAGUAGGGCCGUCAUAAAUAGGAUUAGUGCCUUCAUAAAAGGCCCUGGAGAGCUGUCUUGCCCCCUCCGCCAUGGGAGGACACAGCUAGAAGGCACCAUCACUAUCAGUGAACCAGAAAGCAGGCCCUCACCCGACGCUGAGUCUGAUGGUGACUUCACCUUGGACUUUCCAGCUUCUAGAAAACAGACUACAUAGACUCAGCCUUCUCCACUCCGUGUUCCUGCAGCUAGAGACAUGACCUAACACCCUGAUGACCACUCUCAGGGGCCUUGAGUGACUGGACGGUGCACCAUGGAACUUAAAGUAUGGGUGGAUGGAGUUCAGAGGAUUGUUUGUGGAGUCACUGAAGUCACAACUUGCCAGGAGGUUGUCAUAGCCUUAGCUCAAGCAAUAGGUCGAACUGGAAGGUACACCCUUAUAGAGAAAUGGAGAGAUACUGAAAGACACUUAGCACCUCAUGAAAAUCCUAUCAUAUCCUUAAACAAAUGGGGGCAGUAUGCUAGUGAUGUGCAGCUCAUUCUACGACGAACUGGGCCGUCUCUCAGUGAGCGACCCACUUCAGACAGUGUGGCUCGAAUUCCUGAAAGAACUUUAUACAGGCAGAGUCUGCCCCCCUUAGCUAAACUGAGGCCUCAGAUUGACAAAUCAAUCAAAAGGAGGGAACCGAAAAGGAAAUCACUGACAUUUACAGGAGGUGCCAAAGGAUUAAUGGACAUUUUUGGAAAAAGUAAAGAAACUGAGUUUAAGCAAAAGGUGCUGAAUAACUGCAAAACAACAGCAGAUGAGUUGAAGAAGCUGAUCCGUCUGCAGACAGAGAAGCUUCAAUCCAUUGAAAAACAGCUGGAAUCUAAUGAAAUAGAAAUAAGAUUUUGGGAGCAAAAGUAUAGUUCCAACCUUGAAGAGGAAAUUGUCCGUCUAGAGCAAAAGAUCAAAAGAAAUGAUGUAGAAAUUGAGGAGGAAGAAUUCUGGGAAAAUGAAUUACAGAUUGAACAGGAAAAUGAAAAACAGCUGAAGGAUCAACUUCAAGAAAUAAGACAGAAAAUAACAGAAUGUGAAAACAAAUUAAAGGACUAUUUGGCACAGAUCCGGACUAUGGAAAGUGGUCUUGAAGCAGAAAAAUUGCAACGGGAAGUUCAAGAGGCACAGGUCAAUGAGGAAGAGGUUAAAGGAAAGAUCGGUAAGGUCAAAGGGGAGAUUGACAUUCAAGGCCAGCAGAGUCUGAGGUUGGAAAAUGGCAUCAAAGCUGUGGAAAGAUCUCUUGGACAAGCCACCAAACGCUUACAGGACAAAGAACAGGAACUGGAGCAGUUGACUAAGGAGUUGCGGCAAGUCAAUCUCCAGCAGUUUAUCCAGCAGACAGGGACAAAAGUUACCGUUUUGCCAGCGGAGCCCAUUGAAAUAGAGGCCUCACAUGCAGACAUUGAAAGGGAGGCACCAUUCCAGUCUGGGUCCCUGAAGCGACCUGGUUCAUCUCGGCAGCUCCCCAGUAAUCUCCGCAUUCUGCAGAAUCCUAUCUCAUCUGGUUUUAAUCCUGAAGGCAUAUAUGUAUGACAUUGUCUGUCUUUAGGGAGGAGACCCAACAGAGGUACCAAGGACAGUAAACUUCCUUUUUGAUUUGUGCCAAUGAUGAACAGAGAAUCUAUUCCACAAGCCGCUGUAUGUUUUUCUCUCCUAAAUUGCAUACCACUUGGAGCCAUACCCUGUGCACUGAUGCUAAAGAACAAAGAAACUAUGUUUUCACACAUCAACAGUGUUGAUAUUUUUGUCCAGCAGCUAUAAUGCAAAGCCUUCGUUUUUAUUUGUAGCAUUUUGAGAGCUUUAGGAAAGUAUUAUAUAGUGUGUAUACAUAAAUAAACCGUGACUUAAGUAAGAGUGAAGAGAAAUUUGUGACUGGCUUAGUUUAAUUUAUUUCAUGUAAUCAAUUAAUGUGUGAAUGUUGAUGUUUUAAUAUUUUUAUUGACUUAUCCUGUGACUGACUUAUGUUACAUAUUGUGUGAUUAUGACUGUGUGCAUGUUGCCAGACUCCAUCCAUGCAUUGCUGAUUUACACUACAUAAGUGUCCUAGGGUGCUCCACCAUCGAAACUAACUCCAGAGGAAGCCACUUGCAUUUGUUUUGUGAAACUGUCCUAGCCAUUGCUUAAUUAGGUGAAAUAAUUCAGGGUAUUUUUAAAUCUGGAAUUUAGUCUUUCCUUUACAAUAUUUCCAAAUAUAUGUGUGGCCACAGAGCAUAACAGAUAUUUUUCAUGAGCUAAAUUGUAUGUAUAAAACAUUUGCAGUGUUUCAGACACUGUUGAACAAAAAUGUAAUUGUUAAGUAUGUAUCCAAACAGGCAUGGGGUUUCCUGAUACAUUAUGUGUUUUGUUUCUGCCCUGUCUUAUCAUUUACACUCAUGGAUCUUCAGAAUUAAUCUAACAUGUAAGUUAUAGAUAUCUGAAAGCUGGGUUGGUCUACUUCAGGAACAUUGCUUUAAGCGAUGUAUUUUAAAAUAACCCACUUCAUAUGUAUGAUCUGUUGGUGUACACACCAUGCAUAAGGUGUUGCUUGCACAUAAUUUGCUCUGUAUAUUAUGGACCAUUGUGGUUUCUUCCAGUCACUUAGAGAAAGGAGAUUAAACCUAGGUACUUUUUAGCAAGGAUAUAAAGUCAAAUUCAGCAUAUGUUUUUAUUUUUAGGCUUGACUUUUAUAAGACAUUAAUCUCCAUUUGUACAUAUGUUAUUUUAUUUGUAAAACCAAAUAUGAGUCAACACCUUUUUGAUGAGUAGUGACUUAACUAAGAUUUACAAGUAAUAUUUAGACAGAUUCAGUCAGACACCACUUAGCCAUUUUUACAUUUCCUCUGGUUUGAUUUGGUACAGUAUAAUUAAGACUUUAAUCUGAAAUUUAAAGUAGUUUUAAUUCUGAAGAAAUUACAUCCUCUGUAUUAUUUACAUGCAACAAAAUAAAAGUGGAUUAAUUUAGUAAUGCCAUGGUAACAAUAGAGCUAUGUCUUAUGCAUGAAGGCAACUUUGGAUGUUUUAACACAUUUAAAUGACUGACUUUGGUUUAGUGAAUGCUGACAAUGCUGCUCUACUUAGGUUUCCUAUGAAAUUUUUAAGAAUGGCUAUGAGACUGUAUAGAAGCUUCUAGAGAACUGAAAGUCAUAAUGCAGAGUUGCCUUUUCUAGUGCAGCUGAGUGGCGGACCUCAGCUGAAGAUACGAUUUUCUUUGGGUUCUUGGAGUUAUCAAAUUGAUCUUGCCAUUAUGUUACUUUGCAAAUAACUGAAGUAAAUGAUUCUUACCUAAAUAAUCACAACCUGUACACAUUUGCUCACAAUUUAUAGUAGUUAUUUUCUAUCUACCUAUAUUUAAAAUUAGGAUGAUUAAAAAAUAAUUUAUAGAUUUUGUGACAGUAAUGAUUUACAUAUGCCCAUUAUAUGCCUUAUUUUUAAAUAAGUCAUUCUGUAUAAAGUCAUUUUGUUGUUGUUCAGAGAAAUCAAGAUCUUAUUCACAAAGAAAAACAUUUUAUAAAUUGAUCACAUUUUAUUUAAGUCAAAAUGUUAAACUGGAGGCAGUAUUAAACUUUGCAAUUAGGAGUUUCAGAGAUGCCUUGGCAUACCGUGAAAAACACUGUCAAUAUCCAACUUAUUAUAAAUUGUUAUCAGAAUUAACCGAAUAACUUUAAGUAAGGACAAGCAGCAUCCUAGCAACUUGUAGUAGUCUUGGGUUCCCAGUGGAGUAUCACAGUUAACCUCUCUGACUACUUCAUCAGAAUUUCCAAGCUGCCAAAUAAUCUUCACAGACCUAAUUACAGAUUUUAAAAACUUUCCUAGGUAAGGAAACUAUAGAAAUGUGAGUAUGAUGAAUACAUUGAGAAGCUGUACUUUUUAAUUAGUUAUAUUACUUCUGGAAGCACAUAUCUAAGGAAUAUUUUCUAAGACUCAGAGGGAAAAAACUCGUUUUCAUAGGAUCAUCUGAAGAUACUUUAGUAUAUUUGUGAUCAUUUUUAACUAUUGCGAAUACAAAUGAGUUAGAUAAGUGCCACAUCUUGGAUACAUUUCGGAGGGGUAGUGGGCAGUGGUAUACAAAAAUACCAAAUAUAAAAUUUUCAUCUGGGGGAAUAUUCAGGUUCUAAAUACUAAAUUAGAUUACAAUGUUUUGUGUUUUUUUAAAAAAAAUCAUACUGCAACUUGUUUUAUUGUGAUUUUCUACAAGUAUUAAAUACAUUUAAAGAUCUUUUUAUCUUACCAAGAAGUAAUUUGGAAUAGCAUUGGUAUAUUUGACCUUUUGAGUGUCUGUCAUCCCCAGAGAAUGGCCCAUAGUGUGUUGCCUGUGGAUAUAGUGUCCAUAGUCCCUUUGUUGUCCUUCUGAGAUAUUUUGGUUUGAUAACAUUUUGUUUUUUGUCUUGAUGCACAGGGACUUUUUUAUAAUAUGAGACUUCAGUUGGUAUUAAUAGGAGUUACCUAUUUACUUCUCCCGGUCAUCAAUGAGGUAAUCAUCAGUUCCUAUAGUUCAAAUUAGUCAUAAACAAGAGCUACAGCAAGACUGAUAGAGUAAAAACUAUAUAAAUACAGAAAAAAAUAGAAUUUAUGAUGUGAAAUGUGAAGUAUAGCAAUAAAUAACAAGAACAUGUAAGCACUUGCUUCCACGGCAUAAAUGUAAUUUACAUCUGCAUUAAAGGAUAAUUUUCUCUGUGAAUAAGAGCAAAAUGGUCUUCAGAGAAACAGACUGUUCAUUUGAAGCCAUUUCUGUAAACAUCUUCCAAGAUAGAACUGUAAUGGAUUGAGGAAAUAACACAGAAAAGACAAAAACUUCUUAUUUCAGGCAUGCAAAGUGAGUGGGCAGAUGGACAGUUCCCAUUGUGCAUUGCCUUUGAUAAAUUGAGCCUUAAUUUAUAUAACCAUGCUGUGUUCACAUCCCUCUUCUACCUGAAGUUGUCUUUAUUGGUUUAUAUUGUGUUAAAAUUAGCUUAUAAUUAUUACUUUUUUAUUAUGUUCAUUUUUUUAAGUUGCAUGUUUAUACUAUUUGCUACAGUAUUUUUAAGUUUGGGGUGAAGGCCAUCAGCUGUAUCAAAAAGACAAAACAAUCACUAUUUAUUCAGUAUUGCUGCUUUACAUCUCCAGAAUAAGCUUUCGAUGCCAGGACAGUGACUGCCUGAAAGCUGCAGGAGCUCUUUUCAAUGCAUUUUAUAUAUUUUUAGAAACCAAAUAAAUGCAGAAAACUAUUUAGUAUACUAAUUAUAUUAAACCAGCAGAAAUAUAAAGGCAAUAAAGUAUAUACAUAUAUAUGGGGGGAGGGGAAAGAUUAAAAAAUAGAUUUACAGCCAGACAUGGUGAUAGCCCUAAAUGUAUUUCUCAAUAUGUUUUUCUUUAUUGACCCUAGGAGGAUUUGAGUUGCUGCAGCUUUAAACAGAAAAUUGCCAUGUUCACUAAUUGUGAGCACAUAAAUAUGCUUUUAGUACUGCUUUGCUUAUGUACAAAUAAAUCUGUAAUAUGUAUUAUAUGUAAUUAUCCUUUUCUUUGACUUUCAUUUUAAAUGUAUAUUUUCUGAUCAUUAUGAGCUGUAAAACAAAGAAUCAAUAUUGGAUAUUCUCCCAAAUAAUAAAUUUUCAGGAUUCAUUGGGGCA